GUUCGACUUAGCAACGGUCAUUCCACUCUGUCCAAUGAGUGAUAGCGUUGUUGAUGCCAGGGCCUCAAAGUGAUGGCGGCACCGGCUGCCACUGGCUGUUACAUUGGGGAGGUGAAGCAUCAACUGCGGGAUGGCUUUGGUCGAUAUGUUUAUCCAAACAGUUUCUUUCAAUAUGAAGGAGAGUGGAAAGAUGGGAAAAAGCAUGGUCACGGGAAGUUUCUAAUGAAGGAUGGCAGCUACUACGAGGGAGAGUUUGUGAAUGGAGAAAUAGAAGGGAAUGGGAUCUGGUAUUGGGCCUCCUCAGGAAAUGAAUAUUGUGGGCAGUUCAGCCAGGGAGAGGUCCACGGACAUGGAGUAAUGAAGUACUCUGAUGGUGCCCUGUAUGAGGGUGAAUUCUAUUAUGGUUUCCGAGCAGGACAUGGAGUACUGACCGAUAAGGAGGGUCAGAUCUAUCAAGGUUCCUUCCAUAACCAUAUGAAACAUGGAGAAGGAGAGAUGUUCUACAAGAAUGGUGAUCAUUACCAGGGGGAUUGGGUCCUGGACCAGCAUCAGGGCCAUGGCGUGAUGCAGUAUGCAGAUGGUUCGCUAUAUGAGGGGCAGUGGAGAAAUGGCCUGUUUAAUGGGCAAGGUUCCAUAAUUCACUGCAGCGGCAUGGUUUAUGAUGGAAUGUGGAUCAAUGGACAUCCCGCUGGUGAAGCCACUAAGCUGGUGAUUCUUGGUGAGCCAGUACAAGAACUGGUGCAAGGAUCAUCUUUUACCAUUGAAGUUCAAUUGCAGAAUAAUGAAGGAGAGGUGAUGGAAGCUGAAAAUGGACGACUUUUGCAGAUUUGGGCAGGAGUGAAGCACAUUCAACUCUCCCCAACUCUGAGCACCACUUCACUGCAGCUCCCAGAGGAUCUGGAAGAACCACUCAUUGAAACACCGUAUGGUUACAAUGCUGUCGCCUAUCCCCUGGUGGAAUAUAUGCUGGACUCUAACGCUAUUGCUUCAACCGAAUCUGAAAUUACUCCUGCCAGUUCGUGGAAUGUUAAAGAUAGCGAAGUGAACAGGUCAAAACAGGACUUCCUUGCAGAACCUGGAAGCCCUCAUUGCUCAUUGGAUGGUACACCAGACCCCUCAUCUGACAAUGAAGGUAAAGGGACAAAACAUCAGGAGGAAGGAGCUCUCUACGGUUUCCAGGACCUUUCAGCAGAAGAUAAAGGCUCCAUUCCCAUGGUCGCUAACAAAAGAGUAGAAAGAGGUUACGCAGCCUUUCAGAAUAUUGCACUUGCUGCUCCCCCAGCCUGCUAUCAUCCAUUCAUGAUCCUAGAUGAACUAGAGAAGAAAGCAAGCAAGAAAUCAAGCAGCAGAACUCAAAGUGACAAAGGAACAAUCUCACAGGAGAAGAUAUCUGAGAGCAGAUCUGACGUUAGUAUCAAAUUAGGUGGAAAAUCGAAGAAGGCACAGAGCAGCACAGACCUGCAGUCUGUGAGAUUAGGUGAAUAUGUUAUCAUGGUGAAGGAUGUGACAAGUCCUCCUUUCCUGGCUCGCACUCUUCCGCCUGCUUUCAUGCUGCUGAAAGUUAUAGCACAGAAACCGAGCAAAAAGGAGGCCAGAAAGGAGCCGUACAAAGUGCCUAGCAAAUAAUCAAGUUGCCGAAGAACCGUAAUGUCUUUGUGGAAGCUUUAGUAGUAACUGUAUUAUUUCAACCCUGCACCCCUUUGAUCUCCCAGAAGGAUCCCACAUCUUGAGUCCUUUCCCUUUCCACACCUCUCCUUCCAGUGACAGCCUAAAAUAUUGUUUCAUAUUGGACUCUCACAGACAGAGGUUCUCAAUCCAUUUCGUCUGGGUCAGGGUUGAGUCCAGUUCUGAGAAGUGAAAGGGAAUGUGCUAAACCACUGUAAACACCCUGUCCCAAAAUAGUCUAGCCUAUAAAUGGGGCCAGCAAUACCAGAGAAAGAAAAGUCCCUAUUGUAAGCAGAGAUGUCUCUUCAGGGUAUAAUUGUAC